CAUCCUUCUCUUCUCUUUCCUCUCUCGACCUCCCUCUCGCUCACGGCUCACCCUCGUUGCCUCUCGCUCUCUGCCUCCUCUUCUCUUGCUCGUCCCCUCGCGCUUGCCCUCGCUCUCUGCCUCUCCCUUGCUCUCGCUCGCCCUCGCUGGCUCUCUCUUUCUCUCGCUCGAGCUCGGCCCCUCUUGCUCUCGCUCGCCCUCGCUGCCUCUCGCCCUCGCUCUCUGCCUACCUUGCUCUCGCUCGCCCUCCGGCUCUCGCUGCCUUUCUCUUGCUCUCGCUCUCGCUCGCCCUCGCUGCCUCUCGCCCUCGCUCUCUGCCUCUCUUGCUCUCGCUCGCCCUCCGGCUCUCGCUGCCUUUCUCUUGCUCUCGCUCUCGCUCGCCCUCGCCCUCGCCCUCGCUCUCUGCCUGACUGCCUCUCUCAGUCUCUCUUGCUCUCGCUCGGCCAGUCGGCCUCGCCCUCUUGCUCGCUACCCUGGCCCCUGCCUCUGAUUCAGCCAUUCAGGUCUUCGUUUUACCCCCCCGCCCCCCAAACAUCCAGAUUUGCUUCAUUCGAGCCCAGGAUGGAAUGCCAGGACCGCAAAUUGAAACCUGAAUUUGAAAAAAAGAUUUUUCAAAUCUUUUCAGAUUUUAUGACAAGGGUUGCAAAAUUUGAGGAGUUGGUUUCUUCAGGAAGUAAGUCACUUGCUGGGUUUCAGCAAGGACUAGAGUUUCUUCGACGGCCUCCAAUUAACAAGACAUCAGAGUUGAUUGAGCGAAUCUUUACGGCUAAUGAAACCAGGAGGGUUGCAGUAUAUGUUGAAGCUGGAUGUGUAAGUGUUCAUGACAGAAUACAAAAUAUAAGCAAGUUACAUACAUGCCAACUUGGACUUCUUGACCACUUAACUAAAGCCAAGAGCACCGUGAAUGAACUCGAAGGCCUUGUCAAGGAAAUGACGGGGGUAAUGCAAACUACAAAUGAUAGCAAAGCACAUUUUUUGCAGGAAGCGGCCAUAAAAAAUGAGUUUGAUUUAGAACCAGUUAACUCUUAUAAGGAUGAAGCGACAUCUUCUUGUGAACCUCAAAAACCAGAAGUUAUUGAUUAUGCUACCACGAUGGGUGUUAUAUACAGCAUGGUGAAGCAGGACUUCAAUAUGCAGGAAAAGAUAAUAUCUUCACUGAAUCUCAAGUCGUCUUCAGGAGAACUGGAGAGCUACAACCUGAUGUGGUCCUUGCGCCCUUUCGUAAACGAUGAAAUCAUGCAUCAGGCUUGGAGAUUUAUUCCAUGACUACCGUUCUCUUUUCUUUUUCUUCUCUUGCCUUUGCUUAUUUACAUACACGUCUCUGCCUUUUCUUCUUCUCAAUCUUGGGAAGGUAAUGUAUUUAAUCUUUUAUUUGUAUCAAUGAUUAAAGGUACAGAAAAUUUUAAAAUAAUAAAUCUUAAAAAAUUAUUUUGUAUUCUUAA